UUACCGAGUGGAUUUACUUUUUCUUUUUUCUUCUUCUUCUUCUUUUUUUGAUCCUGUGCUGGACCAUGGGGCUGGGGUGGAGGGUUGAGGGAGCAGUAGCAGGAGGAGCAGGAGGAGCAGGGAGCCUCCUGAGGAGGAGGAGGACAGAGGGGAGCGGGAACCUUGUGGUGACUGUGGUGCUGCUGCUGUGUGGUUUGUGGAGCGUUCACACGCAGACGGACGACGGGACGUCGGUUUAUUUCUGGGAAACAGGUUCUUGGGGGAGGUGCAUGGGCAGUGAGUGCGGCCCAGGCGGCAGCCAGAGCCGGGCAGUGUGGUGCGCCCAUGUGGACGGCUGGACGACGCUUCACACCAACUGCGACCAAAGCCAGCGUCCGUCCAACCAGAGGAACUGUUUCCACGUGUGCGACUGGCACAAGGAACUUUACGGCUGGAGUCUCGGCGCCUGGAACGAGUGUGUGCCGGUGUCGGCGAGGACCUUUGGGGCCUUGCGCCUGUUCUCAUGCAGCGGAGGUGACGAGGGCAUUCAGACCCGGGAGGUGGGCUGCAUGCUCAAGGCGGACAGUUCCCCAGCAGAUGACGCCAUCUGUGAAUACUUUGAGCCAAAGCCUCGUCUGGAGCAGGCGUGUUUGAUUCCGUGUCCUCAGGAUUGUGUAGUUUCUGAGUAUUCGCCGUGGACGUCAUGCUCCAAAACGUGUGGAACGGGCCUCAGGAACAGGGUCCGCAGUGUUCUGGUUCCUCCGGUUUUUGGAGGCGCCGCCUGCCCAAACCUUACUGAGUUCCAGUCCUGUAAAGCGGGGCUCUGCGCUGGUCCAGAGGGCAUGUACAGUCUCAGGGUGGGACCCUGGAGCCCCUGUUCUCUCCCACAGACUCGGACAGCACGGCAAGCCAAGCGCAGGAAAGGUAAAGGACAGGGUCUCAGGGACAGAUCUGGAGUCAAAGAUCCAGAAACCAGGGAGCUGAUCCAGAAGAAACGGACCAGGAACCGCCUGAACCGGCAGGAGAGUCCAUUCUGGGACAUCCAGGUGGGCUACCAGAGCCGGGACGUGGUCUGCAUGCACAGGAACGGCAGCGCAGUCGCUCGCAAUCUCUGCGUACCGAGGGACCUGCCGCUGACCAUCCAGUCCUGCGUCCUCCCAAAGGACUGUCAGGUGACCGAGUGGGGCGAGUGGGGCCCCUGCUCCAAGACUUGCGUGGACGCCGAGGCCCCCGUUGGAAAUCGUACACGGAGCAGACAGGUGCUCCAGUUUCCUGUGGGGGACGGAGACGAGUGUCCACCACUGGAGGAGUUGGAGGCGUGUGAGGUUCAGGUGGACGGAGUUCCACCCUGCAUCACUUACACCUGGAGAACCAGCGAGUGGAGCGACUGCCGCGUGGACCUGUUGCUAGGCCAACAGGACCGUCGACGUGGCAACCUGACGGGCCUGUGUGGAGGAGGUUUACAGACCAGAGAAGUUUACUGUGUGGAGGCCAACGCUGAGCUGGUGAAAUACCUGAACGACCUCCGAGAAAAAGACAAAGUGGGUCAGACCCAAAGACAGCAGAAGCCUAGUGUUCCUCCUCUCCUCUCCAUCACCUUCCAGAUCACAGCUUCACGCCCGGUGCAGAACAGACUGUGCAAGGGUUCGAUUCCCAACCGGUCGCAGCUUUGCCAAAUCCCCUGCCCCAUCGAGUGUGAGGUGUCGCCGUGGGGAGCGUGGGGACCGUGCACCUUUGAGAACUGUGACGAUCAGACUUCUGGGAAAAAAGGUUUCAAACUUAGGACACGACGCAUCACCAACAAGCCAACAGGAGGUCCAGGAAACUGCCCUCACCUGGUGGAGGCGGUGCCGUGUGACGAGCCCAGGUGCUACGACUGGCAGCUGCUCACCCUGGACCAGUGUGUCCCUGAAGACGAGAGGACGUGUGGCCCCGGCUCUCAGCUCGCUCAGGUCCAGUGUGUCAACAGCAGCGGAGACGCAGUGGACAGGAACCUGUGCUCGUCGUCCCCGCCCCCUGACCCCGUGCCCUGCGAGGUGCCUUGCUCCAGAGACUGCGUCCUCAGCGAGUGGACGCCCUGGUCCACCUGCUCUCAGACCUGCUCCAGCAAAACCAUCGAGGGCAAGCAGAUGAGGAUCCGCUCCAUUCUGGCGUACAAUGCUGGUGAAGUCACAGCGAUGGUCAUAGCAUGGAUCACGGUGAUGGAGGGUCUGUCACGAGUGCCCAAGUUUCCUGAGCUUCUGGGUGGCGCUCUUUGCCCCAACAGCAGUUCCCUUCAAGAGGUCAGGAACUGUAACGAGCAUGCAUGCACCGUUUACCACUGGCAGACCGGAGCGUGGGGACUCUGUGCUGAAGACCCUUCCUCGCCAUCACUCAACACGUCCACCACCAUGACACGGAUAAUAAGCAGCAGCAGCAGCAGCAGCAGCAGCAGUGGAGGUUCUGGUGUGACUUCCUGCUCCAUGGGACUGCAAACACGUAAAGUCAUCUGCGUACGCGUCAACGUGGGUCAGGUUCCUCCAAAGAAGUGUCCAGACGGUCCUCGUCCCAGCACAGUGAGACCGUGUCAGCUUCCCUGUAAGAAGGACUGCAUCGUGUCCCCGUUCAGCGACUGGACGCCGUGUCCUGUUUCCUGUGACGCAGCUGGAAACGUGGUGAAGACAAAGCAGUGGAGGAAGCGUCUCAUCAUCCAGCUGCCGUCUAACGGAGGACAGGAGUGUCCGGAGGUUCUGGAGGAGGACAAGGACUGUGACGUCCCCGCUGUCUGUCCAGGUUUCAGGUGGAAAACACACAAGUGGAGGAAGUGCCAGCUGGUGCCGUGGUUUCUGCGACAGGACAGUCCCAGUGCACAAGAAACCUGCGGACCAGGUCUUCAGACUAGAGCCGUGUCCUGUCGUCAGCUGGACGGCACUCAGGCUGACAUCAGCGAGUGUCUGAGGUUUGCGAGGACGAUGCCGGCCAUCACUCAGCGCUGUCAGCUUCCCUGCCAGGACGACUGUCAGCUGACCAGCUGGUCCAAGUUCUCGUCGUGCUCGGCCGACUGUGUGGGCGUCCGCAGCAGGAAGAGGACGCUGAUCGGUAGGAGCAAGAAGAAAGACAAGUGUAAGAACACGCAGAUGUACCCGCUGAGUGAGACCCAGUACUGUCCCUGCGACAAAUACAACGCCCAGCCCGUGGGGAACUGGUCCGACUGCAUCCUGCCCGAGGGAGGCCGAGCGGAGAGCGUCCUGGGCCUGAAGGUCCAGGGCGACGUGAAGGAGUGUGGACAGGGCUAUCGUUACCAGGCCAUGGCGUGCUACGACCAGGACAACAGGCUGGUGGAGACGUCGCGCUGCAACAGCCACGGUUACAUCGAGGAGGCGUGUAUCAUUCCCUGUCCGUCAGACUGUAAACUCAGCGAAUGGUCCAACUGGUCGCGCUGCAGCAAGUCCUGCGGCAGCGGGGUCAAAGUUCGCUCCAAGUGGCUCCGGGAGAAGCCGUACAACGGCGGGCGUCCGUGUCCCAAACUGGAUCACAUCAACCAGGCUCAGGUGUACGAGGUGGUGCCGUGUCAGAGCGACUGUAAUCAGUACGUGUGGGUGGCCGAGCCGUGGAGUGUGUGGAAAGUGAGUAACGUGGAUUUAAAGGAGAACUGUGGUGAAGGCGUCCAGACCCGAAAAGUCAGGUGUAUGUUGAACACCAUCGACGGCCCGUCAGAGUCUGUGGAGGAUUAUCUGUGUGACCCCGAGGAGAUGCCACUGGGCGCCAGGGAGAGUCGGCUGCCCUGCCCCGAGGACUGCGUCCUCAACGACUGGGGGGCGUGGAGUCGCUGCAGCCUGCCGUGUACCAGAACCAACAGUCGGAUCCGGACGGCGUACGUCCUGCGCUCGCCCAGCGUCGGGAGACAAUGUCCUGAGACCACGGACAAGGAGCCGUGCAGCCUCAACCUCAACUGCUUCAACUACUUCUACAACAUCACAGACUGGAGCACGUGUCAGCUCAGUCCCAGCGCCGUGUGCGGGAGCGGAAUCAAGACGCGGAUGCUGGACUGCGUCCGCAGCGACGGCAAAUCAGUGGAUAUGAAGUUCUGUGAGGAGCUCAAUCUGGAGAAGAGGUGGCAGAUGAACGUCUCAUGUGUGGUCGAGUGUCCCGUCAACUGUCAGCUGUCAGAGUGGUCGCCGUGGUCCGAGUGUUCACAGACCUGCGGACUGGAGGGUAAGAUGUGGCGGCAGCGGUCGGUGGUUCAGGCCUCUCAGGGCGACGGUCGGCCCUGUCCCUCUCAGAUGGAGCAGUGGAAGCCGUGUCCGGUCCGACCCUGCUACCGCUGGCAGUACAGCGCCUGGUCCGAGUGUCGGGUGGAGAGCGUGGUGUGUGGCCACGGCCUGCGAUACAGAAACCUGUCCUGCUUCGUGUCAGACGGCUCGGGUGUGGACGAGGGCGGCCUGGUGGACGAGGAGCUGUGCACCAGCCUCGAACUCGCAGUCGAUGGUGACAAGCAGAUCACACUGCAGGAGGCGUGCACUCUUCCCUGCCCAGGUGAAUGUUACCUGAUGGAGUGGUCAGACUGGAGCUCCUGUGUGAGCAUCUGUGUCAAAGAAGUGGACGUGGACUUCGGCUCGGUUCAGGUUCGCUCGCGAGCCGUUCUGGCCCAGGAGCCCGAGAACCUGCAGCAGUGUCCGGACCAGCAGUGGCAGUCCCAGUCCUGCAGCGAGGGCGACUGUUACGAGUACAAGUGGUCGAGCAGCGUUCACCCGGACUCCACGCGACCUUUGAUCUGGUGUCAGCGCUCAGACGGACUCAACGUCACAGGUGGUUGUCCUCCCAUUAACCCUCUGGUGUCCAACAGCUCGUGUGACCCUCCCUGUCUCAUGCCAAAGUCUUUCUGCAGCGAGGCCGCUGAGUGUGUGUGCGAGGAGGGCUUCACAGAGGUGUCGUCAGCACUGGGUCAGCUGGACCAGUGCGCCCCCAUCCCAGUGCUGGAGAUCCCCACAGCGGGGGACAAGAAGGGGGACGUGAAGACCAGCCGAGCCAUAAACCCCACGCCGUCCAGCACCGUCCAGCCGGGACGCAGCGGGCGCACCUGGUACCUGCAGCCAUACGGACCAGAUGGGAAGCUGAAGAUGUGGGUGUACGGUGUAGCAGCGGGAGCGUUUGUGCUCCUCAUAUUCGUAGGGUCUAUGACAUACGUAGCUUGUAAAAAGCCAAAGAGGCCUCAGAGACAGAGGCAACAAAACAACCGUCUGAAACCUCUGACGCUGGCCUACGACGGAGACACCGACAUGUAGACACACACACACACACACACAGGAGAGACACUUCAUCAUCAUCAUCAUCAAAAUCCUGAAUCAGCCUUUUUUUUUUCGACGCCUUCAUGACUUUUAAUACUUUAACAAAAUGCCUUUUUUAUUUUUAUUUACCUUUGUUCUCGACUCGACUGAAUAAAGCAGAGGAAAGACUUUUCUCCUGCGCGACCUCCAAACUCUUCCCCCUCCUCCACCUUUUCUGCUCGUCCCUAAAAAUGCUGAGUGGCUGGAGGCUUAGGAUGAGCUGACGGUUUGUUCUUUGCCAAACGUCACCGCAGGGGA